AUGUCCGCCAUUUCGUCCCCCCGUCUAUCUACUGCCUCGUCCCAUGCCACGUCGGUAUCGUCCCGUCGACCUUCCAGAGAAUUAGACACCACGAACCCCAAUUCUAGUGUCAAUGGACUUGGUAUCAAUAAUCCUGCUUCUGCCGUGCGUGGCGUAUCUCCAGCUCAGCGUCGGAAUCGCGCUGCUCUCAGAGACUACUAUAACAUAAGAUCGUCGACAGGAGAUGUAGCAGGUUCUCCUGCUGGUGCUCCUCGCUCGACUGGCGCAAAUGAGCUCUCAGGAUCACCUUCAAUUACGGUAACCUCCGAGCUGGACAGCCCGGAAUUUGACGCACAACAAUAUAUCGACCAACUCUUGGCCACUUCGUCUCUGUCGACGGUUUUGAAAGCAGAGAAUACUUUGGUGGGCGAUAUUCGAACUCUAGAUGGCGAGCGCAAGGCCCUUGUCUACGACAACUACUCCAAAUUGAUCCGUGCCGUCGAAACUAUCGGGAGCAUGAGACAGAGCAUGGAGGAACGAGGAGCUCCGUUGACCAUGACAAAGACACUUGGGCCCGCCGUGGCAUUCGUUGCCGAGACUGCUGGUGGUUUAAUCAAGGAAGGAGAAGAGCUCCGUCGCAAAGUUCAGGAUGCAAAAAGUAAAGCAACGGUCAAUAAGACAGCCGAACAAGAGACUGUAGAAUGGGUCCUAGCAACCCCGAGCCGGCUGAGACAGUUUCUUCAUGAUGGCAAGACAGAACAAGCACAAGAAGAUUGGAAGGAGAUUGACGGUCUGUUGCAAUCCUGGAAGGAUAUCAAAGGAGUCGAACAAUUGAGGGCAGCGUGUGAGGAAAUCAUGAAAGAGAGGGAGACAGCAUGA